AUGGAAUUAAAUUUUAUGAUUUUUCCUGUACCCAAAAAUACAUAUAGAGAAGGAGAUCUCAAGGUUACUUUAUUGUCUUAAUUGCUAGGAACUAAUUAAAAUUCCAUAUUACGAUGACAUAUUUAAAUUUCUAUCUACAUCUCCAAAAACCAAAAUCUAGUUCCAUAAAAUAGAUCCUUUUAAACCUCCUGAUGAAAUACCUCAUGUAUGUGAAUAAUCAUAUAUUUAUAUAUAGGAUGUAAGUACACAAUCAAUUUAUGAUGAUCAUAUUGAUGAACUACCAAGUUAAAGAAUACCUCACAUUUCCUAAACAACUAACCUCAAACCUAGAAAUCAAAUGUAAUUUUCUUUCCUAAAAUAAGAAGUGGAUUAAGAUUGUCACUUUCUCCUAGAAUCAUAUAUAACAAUGAAUUAGCUACCACACUAACAAAUAGGAACUGUAAAUAUACAAAGGAGAUUCCUUGCUUGUAUUUGAAGUCAUACACAUAGACCAAGAAAACUAUUAUUUAUUUUCAUGCCAAUUGUGAAGAUCUUAAGUCUUCCUACAAUCUAUUAGACUUUCUUCGACAUAAUAUGAGAAUGAAUAUCUUAGCAGUUGAAUAUCCAGGCUAUGGAAUUUAUUAAGGUGAGCCUACAGAAGAACUAAUACUUAAAGAUGCAGAAUAUAUUUACUAAUAUGUGGCCUUCCAUUCGGGCAUAGAAGAAUAGAAUAUCAUAUUAAUGGGAAGAUCAAUAGGGACUGGUGUUGCUUGUCAUGUAGCUUCAGUUUUUAAACCAGGUAUUUUAGUUUUGAUCUCUCCUUUCUUGUCCUUACAAGAAAUCGUUUAAGAAAAAUAUCCUUUGUUAAGGAAAAUGCUAAAGGAGAGAUUCACAAACAAAGAUAAAAUACUAAAAGUAAAAUCUCCUCUAUAUAUUCUGCAUGGACUCAAAGAUUCUAUAGUUUCAGUAGACUAAUCUAGAAAACUAUAUGGUAUUAUUAUUUUAUUUAAUUUUUAAAUAGAAUUAUGCAAAAGUCCAUGUUUGAUUAGAACACCACCAGAAAUGACUCAUACUAGAUUUCAAUUUGAAUAAGAUUUAUCCUUGCCUCUCCUGGGGUUUAUGAGAUAAUUGAAUAUACUUUGA